AUGGAAAAAUUGUACGAAUGGCCAUUCAGUUGGAAUUGGUCUUCUUGCGGUGCCACUUUGUUUGUAGUAAUUAAUUCAGAGGAGCGUCAUAGCAGACCAGAGGAACAACGUUCGUUUCCACUGAUGUUAGCAGUCAAAACAUUCUGGUGGAGCUCUUUUUUGUGUGAAAGCCAGAGGAAAAGAGCGAUAAUGCUACCCUGUGAUGCAACUCUUGUUUGCCGCGGGAAGGCACUUGUAUUGCACAUGGACUUCGCAACUGCAGACUCGACCUGCAUCUUCGCGGUUACUAACUAUAGUUUCAUCAAGGAAACUGGAUUGGGCAAUUUUCUAAGGUCCCAUGCCUUCCAAGUUGGUGGGUAUGACUGGUCAGUUAGAUUCUACCCACAAGGAAUCAAUGCUGAAAGCCAAAAGCACAUCUCUAUUGUUGGUGAGCUUAUGAGCGAAAAUGCAGAAGUCAGUGCAAUAUUUUGUUAUCGAUUGAUCUCCCCAGGAGGACAAUGCACAGAGUGGACUCAAACCGGAGUGUUAUACUUAUCUAGUGCAGAAGGAAAAUAUAGGAUGGGAGGGUGGGAGAAGGUCAUGGGGAAAACUUUUGACUUAUUAUCACCCCAAGUGAAGCUGCCACCACCAGAACUGUCAAAUGAUUUUGCAGAUCUUCUAGAGUCAAAAGAAGGGGCGGACGUGACCUUCUGCGUCCAAGGUGAAACAUUUCCUGCACAUAGGGUAGUGCUCGCGGCAAGGUCACCGGUGUUUAGGGUGCAGCUCUGUGGACCAAUGAUGGAGAAAGACGGGUCAUAUGUAAUCGUGGAAGAUAUGUUACCUGGCGUUUUUAGGGCUCUCAUACAUUUUGUGUACACAGACUGCUUGGUGCUUCCUUUCGACGGUUUUGAUGACGAGGACAGAAAAGAGAUUGUACGCCACUUACUCCAGGCUGCCGAUCGCUACGCAAUUGAAAAGUUGAAGCUCAUAUGUGAGGCCACUCUUUGCAGCUGUCUUGAUGUACAAACAGUGGCAACUACAUAUGCGCUAGCUGAUCAACAUCAGUGUAAUGAUCUCAAACAGGCUUGCCUCAAAUUGAUGGCAUCUCCAACAAUACUUGGUGAAUUGAUGGCGAGCCAAGACUAUGAAAACCUCAAGAGAAAGAGUUCUAGUACAGCAUUGGAGAUUUUAGAGAGCGUUUGUAAGUUCCCAAAGAUCUAG